GGCAGCAACAAGUCCUGCGCGCAAGCGGGCUGCAAGUCCUCACCGCGGUGCUGCCGCUGCCGCCGCCGCCGCCGCCUUGGGCUGCGCCCGCCCCCUCGACUAAGGGCGUGGCCAGGAGAGCGGCGCAGCGCUGGUGGCGCGGGAGAAACUUGGCACAGACAGUCGCGUCCGGUGGGCUCCAGUGACCUCAGCUCAGCCAUGCAGGACUGCACACUCCUGAUUGGAUGACCAGCAUGUUUCUAGCAGCUGAAGCAUCUCGGCCUGCGCUGUUGUUCUGGUCUCAAGCCCUCUUCUGUCUCCUCUUCUGCGCCCCUUCCGGUUGUUGCACCUCCUGCCCAGACCAGUGCCAGUGCACCAACUACUCGGGAGCCACAGCUGUUCUGUGCAGUGCUAGCAACCUAGAUGAAAUUCCAAAAGAUAUUCCCAAGGACACCAUGUUUUUGAAACUGGAUGCCAAUAAGAUCACUUCUGUACCUAAUAGCACAUUCAGGCACCUCGCCCACUUGCAGGAGAUAGACCUCUCCAAAAAUGCCAUUGAGAAGAUUGAUUCUGCAGCGUUCAAAGGGGUUGCCGAUGGCCUGCGGCUGCUUGACCUCUCUGGCAACCACAUACAGAGGAUCCCCAAGGAAGCCCUGGUCAACUUGAAUGCCAUGAUCCGCCUGUCCAAUAACCCCUGGCACUGUGAAUGUACUCUGCAGGAAGUCUUGUGGGAAGUGAAACUAGAUCCUGAUUCAGUCAACGAGAUCACCUGCCAGACAUCUGUGCAAGAGGAAUACGCUGGGAAACCUCUGCUCCAUAUCCUUGAUUCGGGCAUCAACUUUUGCAACAUGCACCAGAAAACCACAGAUGUCGCCAUGUUUGUUACCAUGUUCAGCUGGUUUACUUUAGUCAUCAGCUAUGUGGUAUACUAUGUUCGACACAACCAAGAGGACACGAGGAAGCACCUGGAAUAUCUGAAAUCCCUGCCUAGCACAAGGGUCCCUAAAGAGACCAUCAGCACUAUCCUGUAGCCAGGAAUGUUGAUCCUUGGCUGGACUUCCAGUUUUCUAUGUAGGAAAGAAUGUUGGGAGGGACUUGGGACAUUUAUGUCCAACUAGUUCUGCAACAACUUUUUUAAAAAAACAAAAACCAACCAACAGUUUAAUAGAAAAUGAAAACUUGUUGUUAUAUAAAUAUAGGAAGAAUGUCCAAGCCGAGGUUCCCAUGUUCUGUGCCGUAUUACCAGCAGAAGGAUUCCAGCAGAAACUAGAGAUAAGGAGAUCUGCUUUCUAGGAGAACUUUAGGACAAUGGACGGUUGAUGUGAGAUGUUUACAAUCAGGAUUUCAUUCUGUGGGAGAGACCCCAAAGCCCUGCAGUGUCUAGAACUUGUUGGCUCCGAAAAUGCUUUUGAUUUCAACGGGAAGUAUGUACAUGGUUGACCUUUACUUGAUUCUUUGGGACACUGCAAACACACUCUCUCAGGAGUUUUUGGAACCACACAAAGUCCUUUCCCUCAAAUUGGUAAAUUGUGCAAGCAUGCACACGCAUAGAUUCAUGUACAUGAGCAGGAAUUAUGUUUGGUGUAUGCGUGCUUGUGUUGCAAAGCUGAAGAGGGUAUGUGCUUCCUUUGGGCUUACGUAUUACAUGGCAUUUGGAGUCUGCACCUCUUCACUCUCUGUUAGGUUACUAACCUAUUUUCAUGGUGACCACUAUUAAGGUGAGCACUGAAAAUAGUCAGGACAAUUUAAAGCAUAUAUUAUGUAACGAACGAGCCUGAGCAGGCUUCUUCCGCAGAAAGGGAGGAAGGAAGCAUGUGACUGAAAAUGCCUAUUUCUAAAUAUGCCUCUUUCUCAUAUCGCAAACCCACCCUCCUUUCUCAAGGACGGUCCUAAGAUGUAGCUGGUGCUGGAAUUUAGUAAGGCGGAAAAGUGGGGUAUGGAUUAUAUGUAAACUAAACAAAAAUUGGGGGGGACAUGGCAGUGACAAGUUGCUACACUCAACAUGUCUUUCAAGCUGACAAAAAUUCCUAGGCAACGCAGCUCAUUUGCUGAAACAAUAAACAGUAAGGAAAUAAAAUUCCAAGGGGUUCCUCAAACUGUUUAAAUAAUCUCAGCUGCUGCAGUAUUCAAAGUUCUAGUAUCCUUUUUAGAAAAAUGGGUAUAGCUACAGGUAUGUUUGUUGAGACACUGUUUCUACAGUACACACGAUCCAAUUUAAUAGUACCCUGGCAAUUAGCAGCCAAAAUAAAACAAGAGGGAUGACACAAUGCCAAAAGAACAGGAUCUCAGGGCCUUUUUCAGAUGAUCCCUUUAUGCACAUUUGCUAUUCAGCUGUUGUGUGGGAUGCCCAUGUCUUCCCUCAAGGUUGGGUUGCAGGGAUAUCUCUCAGCUCAAGACUCAGAACUGCUAUACUCUAUUACAUUACUGGUGGAACACAAAUCAUUCUUUGCUACUGGGAUGUCCUUGUAGUAUGCAGUUGUGUAUCACAGACAACUUGUGCCUAUGACAUCGCUCAUGAUGCAUUACACAAAUGCCUGUUUUGUGAACUUUAUAUUGGGUGGCUGUGCACUCUUUGAGUUGCAUUGCCACCAUGGUGGAGUGCUCAUCCUGUGCUAUUUUAAAAAGGAAUGUUUAGACUUCUUCACACAUUGCUAUUUCAAAAAAGGUUGGGGCACUGUCUAAGUUUCCCUCACCUGACCACUUGCUCUUCAGUUUCAGGAGCACUGCUACUGCUGCUGCCUAUAAAGAUUCAAAAACAAUACAGUCCCUGCCUAUAGGGUACAUUUUAAACAGGGGGUGGGCAUGAAACAAGAAAUUAAGCACUUUGAGGCACCAUUUCUUUAGAAUUUACACCAAUGUUUAAUGACCAAGUGGAAUGGCUGUUAAGAGAGAGUUCUGGGAAUGGAGAAGCCAAUUGACAGUUUGUCAUAGCCAAGCUGAAGAAUGGAGUGGAUAUAUUUUACUGGAUUUUAUUUGUCUAUUUAAUUUACUUGCUGAGUGUGACUACCCAACCCCAUGCAGAUAUAGUGCUGGAGCACUCCUACUGCACAUUUUUAAAGAAGUUGUAUAUCCUUUAAAAAGUGAUAUCCUUUCCCUUGACAAGAAGAUUACCUGCAUCCAUUAUACAUAAGGAUGACAUAUUAUGCUGUUGAUGCUGGAUCAGAGCUAAUGCAAGCACAAUUGAUAAAAUCUGGUGUGUUGUGUGUGUGUUUAUUGUCUGGAAAACCAGUCGUACGCAUUAUGCUGAAGCUUAAAUCAGGUGUUGUCAAGCCUAAUUCAAGUAUCUUUUCAGCAACAGUUCCACUCUGUGGGUCCAGGAGAAGGAAGCCAGCCCAGAAAGACACCAUUCAUCUUAUUUCAAGCAGAAGAAUGUAGGACUUGGUUAUAACCGAAAAAGAAUAAUUAGCAAGUUUUGCUGGGAGGGUUUUGCUGUGUGUGUGUGUGUUACCUAGGCAACAGCUACCCACAGCACUAUUUAGCCAAAAUGUUUGGACUUCUUCACACAUUGCUUUUUCAAAAAAGCUUGGCACUGUCUAAGAUUCCCUCACCUCAAAGGAACUGUCAAAAUGUGAAAGUAACAAACAGGUGACAUCAUCUAGGUCAGAGAACCAGGAGCAGCUUUCUGAUUAACUUUAGAGAUUGCAACUCACCAAUAACAGCCCCUGCUCUGAAUACAGAAGGUCCAAGAUUAAAUCUCUGCCACCUCCGCUUAAAAGAAUCAGGUAACAGCUGAUGGCGAGAAAAACUUCCAUGAGACAGCCACUGUUAGCUGGAAUAUUGGUGUAUGUCCAGCGUAACCAGUGGUAUGCCAUCCAGAUGUGUUGGACUACGGCUGCCAUCAUCCCUGGCCAUUAGCCGUGAUGGCUGAGGGUUAGGGAAGCUGGAACAUAGCAACAUCUGGAGGGCAGCAUGUAGGCUCCCUGUUUUAGACAGAUAAAAUACGGUAGUCUUACAUUGUUGCUGGUUAAAUGUACGCUUACCAGUAAAGUCAGGCUUGCUGCUGUUUGUUGUGCCUGGUAUGGGAGGAGCAGGGCAAACAUUUCCUCAGACUGCUCCACACACUCCACACAUUUCCUACAUGAGGGUUAUGUUGCCCAAAAGACCUACCUAGAAAAUGCUAUUACUAAAAACCCCACUAAUUGGCUUCGUCCCCUUCAUACGGUUAACAGCUUCCUUUGGAACAUUCUCCUUCAUUGCCCCCUCCUGGGCUUGGUAAGGAACACAACCAUUUUAUUUUUGAGUUUUAGCCUGGGCUGAACAUACCAGAUUAGUUAAAUGUAUCUAUAAAAUCAUUGAUCAGUAUGUGUGUGUGUGUGUUCUUAUUUAGGAUGAACAAAUGAAAAACUGCAAUAUGUAGGAGAAGGGAAUAUAUAGAUGGUGAAAGUGACGGAGAGGAGGGGGACCUUUGCACAGGAGAGUGAUGUCACAUUGACAUAAGCGGUGAAGAAUGUCUCACUAGGAGUUGUGAUCACAUAGGAUGCUUUGAAAUGGGAUUGCUUCACUCAUUCUUGCACCUUGUAGGCAGCAUUAUAAGCACAUUCUAGACACUGUAAAAUGUUCUCAUCUCUAAUCCCCUUUGAGACAAAGCUAGUGGCAAAAGCCACAAUAUGGGGCAGUGAAUUCCAUAAAUUAAUCGUGCAUUAUGCAAAGUACUGUAGUAGUAAAAAUCAGCAGUCAUCUUUUAUGUUUCGUUACUUCAGUGUGUUUUUGCUAACAAAGCUGCACCUAAGUCUGGUAGCCAGGUAAUGUGGACCUAGAGAGUAAUGGCAAGCAGAGCUGCAUUUGUUCACUUAUUUCAGCUAAGAUGGGUGUUUGUGUCUACAGUGCUAACAAAAAAUAAGCUCUGAAGCAGAACCCCUGAGGUUAUCAAAGCUACUCCGUCAAUUUU